AUGUCUGUUCCAUCAAGCUUCAAACUUAACACUGGUGCUUCCAUCCCGUCGAUCGGUCUAGGAACCUGGCAAGCUCCUGCUGGUGAAGUUCAAAAGGCUGUUGCCCACGCGUUGUUGAAAGCAGGCUAUACACAUAUCGAUUGCGCUUGGUGCUACGGUAACGAGGAGGAAGUUGGUACUGGGCUGAAGGAGGCGUUUGAUAAUGGCGUAAAGAGAGAAGAUAUUUUUAUCACCACCAAGGUCUGGUCAACAUAUCACUCUCGUGUAGAGGAGGCACUCGACAAGAGUCUGAAGUUGUUGGGCCUGGAUUAUGUCGACUUGUAUUUAAUGCACUGGCCUGUCCCAUUGAACCCGAAUGGAAACCACGACAAAUUCCCCACAAAGCCAGAAGGUGGACGUGAUUUGCACGAGGGGUGGGAUUAUAUCAAGACUUGGAAGUUGAUGGAGAAGCUAUUAGAAGGCGGAAAGGUUAAGGCCAUCGGUGUAUCCAAUCAUUCGGUUCCCUUCUUGACCAAGCUUCUUAAAGAGACAACUGUUGUCCCUGCGGUAAACCAGAUUGAAAACCACCCAUUGCUGCCACAGGAUGACGUAGUGGCGCUAUGCAAGGAGAAUGGGAUCCUCGUAACCGCUUAUUCACCUCUUGGAUCUACCGGUGGACCACUAUUAAAGGAAGAGAAGGUGUUGAAAGUAGCUGAGAAGCACGGCGUCGAUGUAGGAGCCGUCCUGCUAAAUUAUCACGUGAACCGUGGCAUUGUCGUCUUAGCAAAAUCUGUUACUCCAUCAAGAAUCGAGGCGAACAACAAGCUGCUUAAGCUUGAUGAGGAAGAUCUUGAAGUAUUGGGGAGCAUCUACAAGGAGAAGGGGCCCCAGAGAUUUGUUACUCCGCCAUGGCCCAUCAACUUUGGAUUCCCUGACUGGAAACAGGGUGGUGCCAACAUUUUUGAAUCCGCUUAA